CUGGACGGGCCACGCAGCGACAAAGUAGUUGCUGGAAGAAUGUGCACUCACCAUCGCCGCUCUCUCUGUCUCUCUCUCCCUCUCUCUCUCGCUCUCGCUUGGGGCCAAGUGUUGUGGAGUGAGGAUUUUGUCACUGCGGUGCAUGUGGUGGAGUCAUUGAUUGAGUGUGUUCAGCUACAGUGGCUCUGCGGAUGCUACCAACGAUCACAACAUUCCUUGAGUGUGGCAACUGUGAGCGUGUUUCUGGUGAGCAGGAGUGGGGGAAAUUGAGGUUUCUGUGAGCAGAUUUGCAGUAGAAAUGAAUGGCAUAGUCGUGUCCAAGAAAAAGUGUUACUGAGGUGGCUUAUGGUUGUCAGAAUACAUCGCUUCGCCUGUAUCAUCGGAGUUUAUGAAUACUUUCUGCGGUGUUGUAGUCGUCAACAAUUGUUGUGCAUCUCUGACAACUCAUCGUGAAGUGGGAUUUUGUUUUAUUCUAACGAACCCCACAUGAGCUCUCGCUGUGACGGGCUUACGACCUCGAGCAGACUCCUUGAGCCCUAAUCCGAGCCUCGUCACUGUCUUGGUCAAAGCCCAUGAUGGCAGUCCCUCCCAACAACUUAGUCGUGCUGUGAGUACUCGGGGAGAGACAUACGUGAAGCCCAUUCCACAUUUGACUCUGCUGGAGAGAUGGCUCUGCAACUGUAAUUUGGUAUCCGUCUCCAGUUAUAUCCACUGUGCUUUAGCUGCGGCAGGCAACGAAGCUGAGAUCGCACUGCUCCUCACCCGAGGGGGAUUCGUCAUAGAUGGCUGGUUUCUUCAGCUGGACAGUAAUCAGUUAAAUGCUCUGUCACAGGAGUUGGCUGGUUUUUACGCAUUAUCCUCCACUAGGUUUGCUUCCGACGUUGUGAACCAGGCAGUCUAGGAGGCUCUCUACCGACAUCAGCACAUGAUCACUGCAGCGGUGCUAGGGUGAACUAGAAUGGUUUUUUCCUACGGCGCAAGGAGGGAGCUGGAAUACAAUAUUUCAUAGGUUAUACGUGAAUUUUUAGAGAGCCGACGGGAAAGGUGUGUGUGUGGGCGGCGCCUCAGUAGCGCUGAGGUUCUGAAAGCGCCAGAAGAGAUAACUCUUGGUUUGGUUUACUACGGGACAUGUGCACGACCUCAGGAGUGAAAGUAUGUCUCGGAGGUGAAGCUUCUCGAGCAACCAGAACUUGGCGGUGAGUCUGAUGCUCUGUUCUUUAAACAUUUUUUGCACUGGGUAUACUUCACGUAUUCAUCUCGGGGAUGGACUCAAGUCAUUAGCACAUUGGACAGGAUGGUACGAGUGCUCUCUGCCCUGACCUUGCACGUCAGCAGCCUGAAAAGGAAUUUGAUGCAUAUCGUACUUGGUGUUUUUCAGUCCGUUGUCCAGCAAUGCCUGUCCAUGGUACGAAAUAUUUUUAACGCCAUCACCAUAGAAUUUUAGAACCCGAAGAGCGGUGGAAAUAAAAACAGUAGAUUCUGCUUAUCGGCGUCGUUUGGUAAUGCCGAAAGAGGCUCCAAGUGAGUCUAACUCCAAGUCAGGGACCAGUAGCAUGGCGAAGUUAAGCGCAAGCGAGAAGGAGAAGACGAAGCUAAGGGAGCGGCAGAGACGAGCCAUCACUACUAAAAUUUUUGCUGGCCUCAGAAAAUACGGGGGUUACAAUCUGCCCCCUCGCGCUGACAUUAAUGACGUUUUGAAAGCUCUGGCCUCCGAAGCCGGAUGGGUGGUGGAACCCGACGGCAACACUUAUCGCUCCCAGGGAUUCUCGCAGCCUUCGAGCAGCCUGCACCACUCCCUUCGUCAGAGCAACCCUGCCAUGAAUCGCCUGCAGCAGCUCAUCCAGCCUCCGACCACGAUCAAUGCCGGGUUCAACUGCACGCUAGCGGGGCUCAUGGGGGACGCAGGGGAGCUUCGUGAGGGCAACUGCUCGACGACCGCCUCUCCGAGCCACCACUCCAUGGGCGGGGCCGCUGGUCACCACUCCAACAGCUCCUCAAUGACCCUCAUGGGCUCCGGGUGCAUCUCCAACUCCCCCUUCGCCUCCCCGGCGUCCAGCGAAGGCGGCGCCCCGAGCCAGCGUCUCUCCCAAGGAAACCCUUACUUUACAGGCCUCUCCAACGGUUUCCUCCCCUCCUGCGGCCAGGUUCUCUCGGAUUGCCACGACGGCGAUUCCUCAGGGAUCAAGGAGGAAUACGCAGCGGCAGCGACAUACUUCAGCGCCGACACUCUCGACGCCCGAGACUUCCAGAUGCAAAGAGCCACUCUGGACGUAGCUCCACACCUUCUCAACUGCCGAGACUUCUCAGGCAGAGGCUUUCUCAACCACACAACCACCUCCAUGAAUAAUUCAAUGUUCUUCAACACCGCAGCAGCAGCAGCAGCACAACCAGCGCCAAAUCGGUUCAGCAGCUCGCGCGCCGCCGAUCCGCAUCUGUCCAGCCUCAUGAUGCUGAGCGCGGGGCACCCGUUGUUCUUGCAAGAACAACGGGCGUCUAACCAGAACACCCCCUUGGGAUCACCCCGGCUUCAAGACCCCCACUGAUUGAUACCCUCCCCUCCCCUCCCCUCCCCUUCCACCUAGGUAGGUUCUCCAGGAUCCCCACCCACUCUCAUCCCCCACCCCCACACUCACCGUCGCCGUCGCCGUCGCGGAGUAAUCCUCGACGGCGCUCUGUCGCUUGCGCUCGAGCUCCGUCCCGUUAUCCGGCGGGAUCCAGCCAAGCUGCGGCACGAGGCCCCCGUUUUUGGUGACGGAACAGCUUGUGGGGGCGCUGGAUUUAGACUUGUGCGUGGUGUUUUUGCUGCCAGCAUCCCUGAUCCGUUGCAUGGUCAGGACGCUUGAGGGGCUGUUCUUUUGGCCAUGAGCUUUUGCCCUUUGCUCUAGUUUCCGAAUGGGUGAUUUUCAUGUUCCGAUUUCAUCUAUUUAUCGAGCUGAAUAUAUAAAUAUUCACACAUUUGUGCGUACAUGUGAAGGAAGAGAAAUCAGAGGGAAGAAAAGUGAAAAAGCAAUAGAAAACAUUAUUGCUCUUCACAAUAUUUUCUUUUUGUUCUUUAAAUAAAAAUUUUGAAUGCGCA